GCCAUGGGCCUGGAGAAGAAGGAUGUGAUCACGGCAGGUCUGGCCGCUCUCGUCUCGUGGUUGCUGCUCACGCACUGGGUGCCGUCGUUCCGCUGGAUCCCCUACGCCUUUGUCACUGGUUGUCUCGUAACCCUCGCCGGCCUGGCAUUCCUCCUCGUAACCUCGUCCAAAGGUGUCAACUUCCGCUACAACCAUGCGACUACCAUCAAACCACCGGCCUUCGUCACCCCUGCGCUCUGGAAGCAAGAGAAGGCUGCCCUCAAGACGCGCUCACGAUACGACAAGACGCCAAUCUACCCUUCGUCGGCAAACGUCUCGCUGAGCAUCGACGGCUUACUGGACUAUGUCCUCCGCGACUUCAUCACCGUAUGGUACAAGAACAUCAGUCUUCGACCGCUCUUCCAGAACGAGGUGGAUCGUGCCAUCAGACAAGUCCUGGACAAUGUGCGCAGGAGGACCCAACAACUCGACAUGGUCGAACUCGCUGUCGCCAGGAUCGUCCCAAUCUUGACAAACCAUAUGCGCGACUUCUACAAUGCCGAGCGAACCGUCAGAGGCAAGAACCUGUCUCGCGACAUGACCGAGUCUGAAGAGUUGGAUCUUGCUAUCGCUGCCAAGUUCAGAGACGGCAAGCUUCAUCCAGCCGCAGCUCUUGCCUUUUCCGAUACCAAACUUCUGCAGCAGACUCAUCUGCGUCGCCUGGUUUCUAAGAUACUACCCCUGGUCAUGCCCGAGUAUAUGAAGACCAGUGCAGCUGUAUCCACACUGGUCAAGGAAAUUGUCGCCUGUGCUGUCCUCGCCCCUAUCGUUCUGAUGCUAUCCGACCCCGAUUUCUUCAAUCAGCUCAUUGAAAACUCUGGACGUACCAUGCUUCAAGACCGCAAGUCUGUUCGCAAACUACGAGCUGCACUAGACGAGCAUGCUGUGCCCACCCCUCAGAAUCCCAAAGCCGGUCAGUUCCCUCGCCUCAGGCCAAACGACAACGAAAGACAAUUCGAGAGGUUUAUUCGUGCGACCCGCAAUUGUGCCACCCUGUCCGACGCUAGGCGCUUUCGCAGUGAAAUCUCCAGUCAAGUUCGAAAGGCUACUUCUGGCCCUGAGCAAGAUCCUGUCUAUCUCCGUCGCCUGGAAUCUGGACGUCGCAUUCUGGAUCAGAAGAUCGCUCACUUUACUGCCGGAGGUACUUCUAGACCCAAACUGACUGUAAAAGCUUCUACGUCCAGUGUUGAGCAAAGGUCGAGGUUGAGUCAAGCCUCUCUAGAUGAAGUUCUGCACAAUGCAUCCGGCCUUUCGUACUUUAUGGAGUUUAUGGAUAGGAAAGGUCGCAUGCGUCUCGUGCAGUUUUGGAUCGUGGUGGACGGUUUCCGUAACCCACUCGAGGCAGAUAACGAUGAGCCAGAGCAGGAGCUCCGAGACACCCCUUGGAGCCCCUCAGACAGGAUGGAUCUGGAGCAGAUGUAUGAAGCCUAUCUCACAAAACCCGAGCUCAAUGUUCCGGAUCACGACAGGCAGACAGUUCGAGACUUUCUAAGAGCUGGUAAGUCAGCAGAUGCUCGCCUUUAUGUUUCUGCUCGACGUGCCGUCCUUCGCGCGCAAGCGUCCGUCUUCGAAGAGAUGAAAGAACAGCAUUUCGACAACUUCAGAAAGUCAGACUUGUUCUACAAAUGGCUUGCCACGGAAGAGAGCUCGAUCAUGUCAGCCAACUUUGAAGGUUAUCCGGAGCUGUCGAGAUCAUUGUCGGUUGGUGGAGAAAGAGAUAGACCGCUGCACCGAGAAGCCCGACCAGCGGCUAUACUUUCUCCUAAGUCGCCUCGGGCGCCCGAGCUCCGAAGGCCGGCUAUGUCGUCUAGCGAUCUGAAGAGCUUCAUCAAACCCAGUGUUGUCGCCAGCCCUGUACGGCAGUCAAUAGAUGGUGAGAGACCUCGACCGUUAUUUGAUGACGAUGUCGAAGAUGAACGUUUGACUCGAUCUGUCUCUGCACUUAGUAGUAUGGAUUUAGAGAUCGAGGGCGACCAACAUCAGGAUGAUUCCGCCCAAGUUGUUGAUGCUAUGCAAGCUGCUCUGAACGAAAUCAUGGACGAACCAGACAACGGUUCGAUCCUUUCUUCGGAGAAUCUAGGCGUGAGUAUUGAAUCGCCAAGAACCUCCCUAGACGGUGCAAGACCUACUCUAGCCCAAACAAGAUCCAAACCUAGCAUUGCUUCUCUAGGUUUAGUGGGAGCAGUAUCAAGUAAAGGAGUCUUUGAGGAUGACCUGUUUGGUGAAGAGGAGAAGUUUGCUGAGGAUGAAAAAGAGGAUUCUGACUUAGCAGACAAACUGGUUGAUGAUGACAUUCAUGAGGCCGCACCUGGUGAUCUUGGACUCACAGAGGCUAUUAGCACUCUCAAUGCAGACAUUGAUCGAUUGACGGCUCAAGAUGCCAUUCUAGAUUCGUUAACAAAGAAGGCUGAGUUGACGAAUAACGCAGCUGAACUGCGCAUCCUGCGCAAGUCGAAGCAGAGUUUAGCAAGAGAAAUACACCGCAAAGAGAUGCAGAAACAACAGUAUACUAUCCAGGAAAGCGACAAUAGCUUGUACGGAAGAGCUGCCGUCAACAUCAAGUCGAUCAUGGUAGGGAGAGAAGAGGACGGUCACGAGUUUGCGCUUUAUGUCAUCGAAGUUCGACGUCAAGCAGGUGACCAGAUGCCUGCUGCAGUGUGGAUGGUGACUAGACGAUACAGCGAGUUCCACGAGUUGAACAAGCGUCUUCGAGAGAGGUUCCCUGCUGCGCUGCUUCUAAUCCCGGCCAUCUGCCGUAGUAGAGAACUUCGCGCUUUCUUGUCUCAAUCGCGAAUCACAACAAAUGCUAUUGGCAGUCAAAUCGAUGAGAAAGACUUCGUGACAAGGAUAUAUAACUCGGUUACAGACGGCAUGGAGGAAUUUUUGGGCAACAUUCCAGUCCUUGAUCAACUCUCGGUCGCCGGUCAGAAUCUAAUCUCAGCAGCGACGGCGCAGAUGAGCGGAGUACCAUUAAACCCCAACGCCCCUGAGUUCUCAUCGGAUCCAGCCCACGCUGCAGAAGCCGAAGCGGAAAUCAAUGCUUUCGAAGACCGAGAAGCAGAACCGUUCGUCAAGCCGAUCUGCGACAUCUUCUUAGAGAUCUUCGAACUUCAAAAAGGCACCAGCUGGCUGCGAGGACGUGCCGUAGUUGUUGUGUUGCAUCAGCUCCUCGGUGGGACCAUCGAGCGCAAAGUCCGUGAUGCAGCGAAAGGGUUCGGACAGGAAGACUCGAUACUUCGCUAUCUAGAUCUCGUCAAGAAUAUCAUGUGGCCAGACGGUCAAAUGAAACAAGGCGGUGUUCCACGAACAGCGGUGCAAAAAGCGGCUAGUCAGAAAGAAGCAGGGCUCCUGCUGGCGACGUUGGUGCCGGAUUUGGCAGGAAGUGUGGUCGGAAGACAAAAUGCUCAGGCGGCGAGCAGAAAAGUGUUUGCAAUGCUGAAUAACCAGCGGUUGAAUACACAUCUGGUGUUCACACUGCUGGAUGAGCUGAUAGGAACCGUGUUCCCUGAAGCAAUUACACGAUGA